CAUACCCUGGCCGGCUUAGUCGGAACAUCUGGGGCUUGACUGAUUCAUCAGAAUAUCUCAGUUGCUUUCCAUGGCGCGACGCCUCCACUCUGCUAUAAUCGCCACCUUCGUUCUGCUUGCGGUUGGACAGUGUAGCAAUGCAGUCCCGACGGAGGCUGAAGUGUACUGGCGCACCGUCCUGCCCGAUUCUCCGCUCCCGGACCCCAUCCUCAAGCUCCUCCAUCCUGAGACCAGCUCUGUGAAGAAACCAAAGGAUGAUACGGUUGCUGAAGCGUACUCCCUGACAUGGUUAAUGUGGGGGCUUCGCUCGCGCUCUGGGCCGACCAAGCACUCGUCUCCCAGGCCAUCAUCAAAGGAUGAAACGGUUGCUGAAGCGUACUCCCUGACAUGGUUAAUGUGGGGGCUCCGCUCUCUCUCCGGACCGAAGAAGCACUCGUCUCCCGGGCCAUCUCACGACCGUGACCACAGCGCCGACGAGUAUCUGGCCCGAGGGCUCUUCUUCCAUGAGGAGGCAGUCCAAGUAGGCAAGACCAUGACCUUAUACUUCCCUUUGGCAGCCAGUGCACCGCUAGGGCUGUUGCCGCGUCAUGUGGCGGACUCAAUUCCAUUCUCGGCGUCCUCGCUGCCGACCGCCCUCGCGCGGCUUGGCGUCGCUAAUAACUCCGUGCAGGCAGCCAACAUGGAGGAGACGCUAUACAUGUGUGACCUGCCGCCAAAAGCAGGCGAGGCCAAAUUCUGCGCUACGUCACUGGAAGCCCUGGUCGAGGGAACCAUGGCGGCGCUCGGCACCCGCAACGUCCGGCCGAUGGCCUCCGACCUACCCCGCUCAGGGGCACCUAAGCAACCGUACGCCGUCCGAGCUGUGCACCCGGUGGACGGAUCGAGCUUCGUGUCAUGCCACGACCAUAACUAUCCCUACACUGUCUACAUGUGCCAUAACACACCCGCAACGAGGGCGUACAUGGUGGAGAUGGAGGGUGCCCAUAGUGGCCUUGCCGUCACUGUCGCCGCUAUUUGCCACACUGACACGUCCCACUGGGACGCGGAGCAUUUCUCCUUCAAGGUCCUCGGCACCAAGCCUGGUGACGGACCAAUCUGCCACUAUCUGCCGUAUGGGCACAACGUGUGGGUCAAGAAGGAGGCAAAUCGCUCGUCAUCGUCCUAAGAAACUGCGCUCUGCCGUCCGUACCAAGAUUGGUCUAUGUUGUGUGUGCGUCUAUGUUGCAAUCUUCACAUCCGUGUGAUACGUAGAUUGUUCUAUGUUGUGUGUGAGCCUAUCUACCAGUCAUCUUUAAUUUGCAUCCACAUGCCAUGUUGCUUUUCAUAUAUACCGGCCCACUGAUGUAGAUUGUACUCCUAUAUACUUCCUGCAAGGCCUUGCCAUCAUAUCAGAGUACGGUCCAUAUGUAAUAAGGGCAGCUUGUGCUUGUUUUCAUUUAACCAUAUAAUUGAUGUUACUUGUACCCAUUUUCAUUAUCAA